CCAGCGAGUGUUGUAGUGAGAGUGGUUGAAUUUCGAUCUCUCAAUUUUUCUCUAGCGCUCCCUGCUCUCCCUUUGUCAUUCUAGCUGCCUGCUGCCUCCGCAGCGUCCCUCUAGCUCUCCCAGUGCUAACUGCCAGCGCAAAGCAGAAGGAUUAGUUGGGACCUGCCUUGGUGACCCCAUGGCAUCCCCCAGAACCGUAACUAUCGUAGCCCUCUCAGUGGCUCUUGGACUCUUCUUUGUUUUCAUGGGGACUAUCAAGUUGACCCCGAGGCUCAGCAAGGAUGCCUACAGUGAGAUGAAACGUGCUUACAAGAGCUAUGUCAGAGCCCUUCCUCUGCUGAAGAAAAUGGGCAUUAAUUCCAUUCUCCUCCGAAAAAGUAUUGGUACCCUUGAAGUAGCCUGCGGCAUCAUCAUGACCCUUGUUCCUGGACGCCUCAAAGAUGUGGCCAACUUCUGCCUACUCUUUCUGGUGCUGGCUGUGCUCUUCUUCCACCAGCUGGUCGGUGAUCCUCUCAAGCGCUAUGCCCAUGCUCUGGUGUUUGGAAUUCUACUCACCUGCCGCUUGCUGAUUGCCCGAAAGCCUGAAGAUUGGUCUUCUGAGAAGAAGCCUUCACCAAGGAAUGCUGAGGAACAACCCUCCUUAUAUGAGAAGGCCCCUCAGGGCAAAGUGAAGGUGUCAUAGGAAAGUGGAAGUGCAAACUGCGGACCUUCCAGGUAGUUGCCUGUGUGACACCUGGGAAGAUGUCAGUGUGUGUUUUUAAUUUGAUUUAUUUAUCUUGGGGGUAAAAGGGAAAGUGUAAUCUGCAAUUUAAUUGGCUUAUAUACAUCUAUACCCCAAAACAACCUCCCCACAUUGACAUUUGUGAACCACCUUUAAUCACCCUGGGGCAACACUCACAUCUUGCUACAUGUACACGUAUAUGGCUACUAUUGAAGUGUAUUUGUGAGAUGGACUCCAGCAAGCAUGUGACCGUGAGACUAUGUGUGGGAAAAACACAUACCUACUGUAUGUGUGUAUGCACACAUAUGUCUAGAAGGCGCUCAUCCAUCUUGAACUAAUCCUGCACAGGUAUCCUUCCUUUUAUAAACUGAUUCCAGGCAAGGUAGAAUAAAAUAAACCUGUAAAGAGAAUCCUACUUUUGGUAUAAAACAAAUUACCUAUUUACAUGUGGGGAAGAAUUACUCUCUAGAUGAAGCUGAAAACUUAAAUUCACCACUUCAGGAAAGAAACUCUUUGACUUGAAACCCUGAGUUAUGUGUAAAAUUAGCCUCUAUUUCAACAGUUAAAUUUUCAACAUUCAGUGUAGAGUAUAAUUAAAACAAGGAAUUCACCAGGCAUGAUGGCACAAGCCUUUAAUUCCAAUCCCUGCCUCUGGGAGGCAGGACUGCAAGUUUGAGUCCAACCUGAACAACCUGGUGACUUAGUGAGACCAGUUCAAAAUAAAAACAUUAAAAAGGGCUGAUAAUGAAGCUCACUGUGAAGGCCCUGGGUUCAAUCCCCAGCAUCAAAAUUAAAUUAAAUUUAAUUUAAUUUAAAAUUUAAUUUAAUUUAAAUUUAAUUUAAAAUUUAAUUUAAUUUAAAUUUAAUUUAAAAAGAUAUUCAUGCAGCUAGUCUAAUUCUUAGUGAUAAAAUAGAAAGUUUCACCUCAUUUGUGUCUGAGCCCAACCUACUCAGCAUUUUUAUUAAUACAGGUUUGAAAUGGAAACAGUGGAUGUGUUACCAAACAUCUUCAGAUUUUCUGAAGGCUAAGACUGUCUCAGUUGCAUUAUUCUCAGUAGCAAACCAGGAUUUGGCAGCUGAUCCACUGUUGUGGUUGAGGGAGCAGAGGUUGGUCCUGUUAGAAGUCUGAAUCUCAAACACUAGCUGGUCUCUGAAACCAUCCGCAAUUUGACAGAUGUGCUGUAUCCAGUGUUUUCCUGCCAAACAGAUUCGCUACUCCUAUUAUUUGCUGAAGUUUGCUAGUGUAAGCAGAGUCCAAAUCACUCCCGUAGUUGUCUCUGCUCCACCUUUUUAUCAUUCCCACGUGUGGAGUUUAGCUGGGGGAAGGAGAUUUGACAUGGGUUAGUUGGAUUGAGAAGUAUGGACAUUUGUUUUUUUCAUUACAUACUGCUAUUUCUCCUUGUUAAAUAUGCUUUGAUGGUUUUUAAAUUAUUGUGCUAGGGAUGGGGGAAAGAGCAGGGGGCUAUGUGUGGGGAGAGUACCUAUUAUUGUAUUUUCUUUAGUGUGAUUGUUCCUGGUAAUUGAUAUUUCUCUCGUUCUUUCAAAAUAAAUUUUUUUGAAAUUUGAA